AUUUGAGUUCAAAAUUGUUUAAAGUGUGAAACUUUAUAUCAUUUGAUUUUAGUGUUGAAUUUGUGUGUAUUUCAUAUAUAAGAUAUAUACAAGAAAUAAAGUAAAUAAUUGUAUUGUAAUAUAACGAAUUUCAACAUUUGACUGUGAGGCAUUUGACUCCAGUUUAAAAUUGUACAAAUUAAAAAUUUGAAAAAAUUAUUGAGAAAAUUUAAAUUCGACAAAAUGUUUGGAAAACGUCGAUUGGAUUGGCUGUGUUUGCUGGGAAUAUUCUGUUUAUUAAUAAAUACAGAUAUCACCACUCAAGCACAAACACAAAACAAACGCUCUUCACGUAUAACCAGUUCCCGUAGUUUCGGUACAAAUGUCAAACAAACGUCUUCAAAUGGUGUCAACUUUGAUUGUCCCGAAGAGUUCGGCUAUUAUCCACAUCCCACCGAUUGUACACAAUAUUAUGUGUGUGUAUUUGGUGGAGCGUUGCUUGAGAGCUGCACAGGUGGUUUGAUGUACUCACAUGAGUUGCAAACAUGUGAUUGGCCACGCAAUGUCGGUUGUGAAGUUGUGGACAAUGGAGCGGCAUCAUCGGCAGCAAAUUCACGUGACUCUAGUUCAAGUAGAGGUAAUAAACAUCAACAACAAAAUCAGCAUGUGCCCAGUCGUGUACGGUUUGGAUCCGCCUUCACAAGUGCUGCAGCCUCUACACCACAACCACAAAAGCCAACAGUGCCACCACAAUACCACCGUCAACCAUCACAAACUAUACAGGCGCAAGUACAAAAUAUACCACCUCCACCAGAAUUGAAAGUACCACCAAAUCCAGUUAUAACAUCACGUGGUCAACCUAAGCCUUUAUUAGAUUCACAAGAGGAUAUUGCUAAGCUAUAUGCCGAUGCACUUGAUGCCUUGCCUUCGGUAGAAGAGGAGGACAGUGAACGUCAGCAACGUGUCUAUCGUGGUCAACCGAGCACAGUAAGUCAAGUGCAGCGUGAUCGUGAUGGUAUCAUACAUCAGGCGAGCAUAAAUGCCAUACCCAAUCAUGGUAAAAUAGGUUCAUAUGCAUUUGGCUCACAGUUCAGAGUGGAGUCAUCCUCACCAUCAUCACAAUCUCCAACGCCGGCUAAUCUUUAUGUACAGCCACAAAGACCAACAAAGGUUAUCGUUGAGACUAUACCAUCAAAUCGAAAUCAGCUAAUUAAUCGUAACUAUUAUAAUACAUCAACAUUAAAUCAUGGGGUCUAUGAAUCACAAUUACCACCAAACAUACAAGAACAACAACAAAUUCCUUCACAACAUCAACAACAGCAACAACAACAAGCACAACCUGAACAAAGUUCUUAUGAUACUUAUUAUUCUGUUUAUGACGACGAUAUUGAUUUAUAUAGGGAUAUUGAGUAUCAGCAACAACAACAACAACAUAAUCGUCAACAGCAACAGCAGCAACAACAACAGCAGCAGCAAGAACAACAACAAUAUCAACCGCAGCAACCAAUACGUCAACAGCAAACGACAUAUCGUCCAUUGGAAAUUUUAACAACGCCAACACCACAACAAGUGCCAAUACGAGAGACUUAUAUUAGCAAACCCCUAUCAUCACAGAAGACACAAAACUAUAACAAUCAACAAUCGUUGAUAUAUAACACAGAUUAUGAAGAGGAUCUUAUCGCACAAAUUGAGCAAGAUAAUGUAUACGAUCAGCCAACACGCUCUCCAUCGAGGAAUGAGCACAUUACUAUACAAACACUGAACGAACGUCCCACAUCAACUUCAAGACCUUUCAUAGCCAAUGAUGAGCGCAACUACUAUAGUACACUUACAACGGAACCCACAAGCUACACAUCGCCAACUAGUCAAACUUAUGCAUAUGAGACCUCUGAUGAAUAUAGCGAGGGGGUACCGGACUAUUAUGCAAGCAUUACGGAACGGGCAUUUUAUCAGCAACCCACACGUUAUACGACUUUCGCACCGAAACUAGUAGCUACACAAGAAUCCGAUGAAUAUAAUAUAAUUGGUUCGAAGUUACCAAAAGAUGUUACAAAAUCGAAUGAUGCUACUUAUAAUAAUAUAGAUUCUACUUUAAAUUUCCAACCGGCCACUGCAACAACACCCAUCGCUAAACAACAAAAUAUAUAUUUCCUCUCUAGUACUACACCAACAACGAGUAAAAAACCGACUAGUACGAGUACUACGACGACAACUAAAACAACUGCUACUGCCACAAAAACUAGUACACUUAAAAGUACAACACAAAUUAUUAAAACAACUACGCCCACUACAACAACAAAAGCUGUAAUAAGAAUUAAUACAAAUAAUAACAACAACAGAAAUCGUGGCAGUGCACAUUACGCCAAUCAAGAUCGCGAUAUAGCCGCCCCAGUUACUAGCAACAGAGGCACACAUCCACCACGUACACGUCCUACAUUGAAACCAUCCGGUACUAUUGUUUCAAAAGCACAAGAAUUUAUUGAUAUAUACAAAAAUCCACCAACUCGUCCAGAUCCAUUAUAUCCACAGCCUACACCAGAUAAAACUGCAGCUAAAUGUCGCAAGGACGUUUGUUUAUUGCCAGACUGUUCUUGUGGUGGCAAAGAUAUACCCGGCGACUUAAGUCUGAAGGAAACACCACAAGUAGUAUUAAUAACUUUCGAUGAUGCUGUAAGUCAACUCAAUAUUGAAUUAUAUGAGGAACUUUUCAAUAAUGCGAGCCGCAAAAAUCCGAAUGGUUGUCCUAUACGUGCCACUCUCUAUGUGUCGCACGAAUGGACCGAUUAUGGUAUGGUACAGGAUCUCUACGCAGAUGGCCAUGAAAUGGCAUCACACACAGUAUCUCACAGUUUUGGUGAACAAUUCUCACAAAAGAAAUGGACACGUGAAGUGGCUGGACAACGUGAAAUCCUAUCUGCCUAUGGUGGAGUCAAAUUGUCUGAUGUUCGUGGCAUGCGUGCUCCAUUCUUAUCGGUUGGAGGCAAUAAAAUGUACAAAAUGUUAUACGAUUCGAACUUCACUUACGAUUCAUCAAUGCCAGUCUAUGAGAAUCGUCCACCUUCUUGGCCUUAUACACUUGAUUACAAGAUCUUCCACGAUUGCAUGAUACCGCCAUGCCCGACCAAGAGCUAUCCUGGCGUCUGGCAAGUGCCUAUGGUUAUGUGGCAAGAUUUGAAUGGUGGCCGUUGUUCCAUGGGUGAUGCUUGCUCAAAUCCAAGUGAAGCUGAUGGUGUCUAUAAAAUGAUUAUGAAAAAUUUCGAAAGACAUUAUACAACAAAUAGAGCUCCAUUUGGUUUAUUCUAUCAUGCUGCUUGGUUCACACAGCCACAUCACAAGGAAGGUUUUAUUAAAUUUUUGGAUGCUAUCAAUGCCAUGCCCGAUGUUUGGAUUAUAACUAAUUGGCAGAUGUUGCAAUGGGUCAGAGAUCCAACACCAAACUCGAGAAUUAAUUCCUUCCAGCCAUUCCAGUGUGAUUAUUCCGAUCGUCCAAAACGUUGCAACAAUCCAAAAGUAUGCAAUUUAUGGCAUAAAUCCGGUGUACGGUACAUGAAAACAUGUCAGCCUUGUCCUGAUAUCUAUCCAUGGACCGGUAAGACUGGCAUACGUUCAUCACGAAUCGAUAACGACAUUGAAGAUUCAACAGCGUAAUUUCAAGAUCUUUAACCGCAACUAACUAACAGAAAAAAAAAAAUUAUAAUUAAAACAAAAACACAAGUUCGAUAUUAUUUAAAUUUUUAU